GACGGUUGGAGCUGGCAAUCCGCCGGCCGGCCCUCCUUCUCCUUCUCUACCUACCUCGUCUACCACCAGCUCAAAUCAGCGCUCUAGAACCUGAUGGGAGCGAUGAACGAGGUGCUUCCACUUGGUGCCAUCCUGCUCAAGAAAGUCUCGGACUCUCUCCAUUCAUCCAGGGCCGGCGAUAAGCCAGUAGAAGUGCCUCAUUCAACCCAUCCAUCCAGGACCCCUUGCUGCGUCUCGGCUGUCUGGUGUCUGGCUGCUGCGUCUGCGUCUAGGUAGCUUCCACGCCAUCCCAUUUGCGACUAACCGUCUGCAGCCAACCAACAUCCAGUCCGCCGACCAUAGAAUCACCUCAGCGGACAGCAGAGGCGCCUGUCUUGUCUCUCUCCAGAUCUUCUUUUCCUGGAUGUUUUUUUUUUUUUUUUUUUUGGAGACAGCUUGCCCUGGACUUGUAUCUUUUGCACCUCCAUCGUUCCUCGUCGGAAUCGCUUCACAUCCCCUCAAGAGCACCCGGUCAUCAACCACACCCAUUCAAGGCAGCCCGCAACCAUCCCCUACUUGGAACUGGCUGCGAAUACCACCGUUUCCUCUCCUACACAGUAUUGAUCUCUCUUGAGGCACAGCCACUCCUGCCUGCUCGUCUUGGACGAACAACCAUCUGACUGGUGUUGGCGUUGCCUGCAUUCUUCCUGCUGCCCAGCUGGUUAACUUUUUUUUUUUUUUUCUUAUCCUCUCUUUCCCUUUCCACGUACCUCAUCUUAUCGUGGCGGGAGACGGAGCACCGGUUCACCAACCAACCCCUGGCCGAUCCCGAGAUUAUUAUUAUUUCCCCGCCUUGCUCCUUGCCUGGCCUUAGACGAACGCUACUUCUUUGUGAUCGACACUUGGCCGCCAAAUUUCACGACAUAGCAACAAUAUUUUCCGAGCUUUCUCUACUCUUACCUUGUCAUCCUGCUGUUUACGCUCGACGACAGAGAAAAAGGGGCACUUUGCAUCGCUUGGCAAUGGCUUCGUUCAAGGAAAUGCAACAAACCUCACGACCGCUCUCGCACCGUCCGUCGGUGUCUUCCAAUCCCAUUCCCGCCCUGUCAGUCGCUCGACAGCCGCACUCACGCACCAACUCCCACUCCCUGCUUUCCGGAUCCCUCAACGGCACCCACCGUGUCACACGCCGGAAGAGCAUGACAAACACGGGUGCGAACGUCGCUGCUCUUGCUGCCGCCCUCCAACAAGAAUCCGGUGACAAGGCUAUGCCACUGCCCAUUUCCAUCAACGCACGCCGCAACACGAUAUCCAAGAACGGUCUUUCGCGAUCUGCUGUCGUCGGCAGCCUACCCUCCCCACCGGCCAGCCUACCAACACACAAGUUCGUAACAUCAGACGGGACAGUCAACAUGCAGGACAGCGCAAUCGAUGAUGAGGUUCACAUGUCUGGAGAUGAAGGAGACAACAGCAACAACAGCAGCAGCGGGGCGAGCAAGAGCCGAAACAGGAGGGCCAGUGACGGCCAGCCGGCGCCCAAGGAAAGCCGAAGAAUCAACCGCCCGGAACUUCGCUGUGAGAAGUGCGGGAAGGGAUACAAGCAUAGCAGCUGCUUGACCAAGCAUUUGUGGGAGCACACUCCCGAAUGGUCAUAUACCUCGAAGCUCCUGAUUUCCAAGCACCAGCAAGUGCAGCUUCUCGAGGCCGCUUCUGUUUUGGUAGCUAUGAACAACAAACCAACAACCGGGACCACGCCUCCUGACUCGACCCACGACUUCAACAGCGAUCAGGAUUCGGCAUCCCCAGCAGCAUCAGGCUAUUCGGAUCAACCAGAGCGCAGCUCUGCGGACACGACCCCACCGCCCCAGCUGGACACCCUAAGCAACAUGACCGGGUUCCCCAUGAGCUUCACCAAGCGACAGAGUACCGGCAGCGGGUUUGCGCAGUCGUAUCAAUCUGCGGCAUUCGGUAGUUCGGUGGCGGGUAGCGUGCCGGUUGGUUCGCCAUUUGGAAAUCAUUUCCGCCAGCUCAGCCUGAUGAGCCAGGAUCACAGGCCAACGUCGUCCGGCAGGAACGCAACCGGCAAGGAAGAUCGGGAUUUGGCUGCGGCAGUGGAAGGUCUUAGCUGUAGCUUUAACAGCAACGCUGGCCCUCGGUCGUUUCACCUCGGAGCAGACGCACCCCUGGUGCCACCUCUGCCAAACCAAUACCUGGGCCAGUCUUUCGGCCUUAUCACUGGUAGCUUCAUCAACAGCUUUCCUAGUAGAGCUCCGGAAAGCUUUACUAGGGGGGAGUUACGCCAGAGCUGCCAGAGCGAGCGGGGCGACGUCAAGAUGGACGAAGAUAGCGUCAUGGACUAUGACGACGACGAAGACAUGCGGUCCCGGGCAAGAAGCGACGAGGACGACGACGGUGUCUUUGGAAGAAUGGAAGAAUGAGCACGCCGAAGCGGUCCGUUGCCUGUAUUAUAUUGCGGAAGCAGCUCGUGGACGGCGCGGGAAGAGAAGGAACUCAUGAUGAUGAUGAAGGAUUUCCUUUUGUAAUAUAUCGAAACCAUGUUAAUGAGGCACUUUGCUCCGCCAACGACACUUGGCACCGAAGAGUGGGGAGCACUGUAGUUGGCGAGCCAUGGCUCAUGGGCUGAGAGAUGCCAGCGCCAGAGGUGUCGUGGGACGCAGUCAAAACUCCACGAGGUUAAAGUGAGUGUCGUGAGCGAGCGUUGAGCAAAUACUUGGAAACUUAUUUAGUUAGCGAGCGAACAAAUACCAAAUGAACAUACAACACAACCA